AUGGAGGACGGCACUCCACUAUUUCUGAAGUUGACGGGCAAACAACAAGAGGAAGCAGGCAUGGAGGCAGAAAAAGCCAUGAUCCACUGCAAACUCUGCCUGACUGACUGUCCUGAGCUGGAGACCAGCACACUGCAGUCCUGUAACUGUGUGUUUUGUGUGCAGUGUUUAAGGCAGUAUGUACAGGUGGCUAUUCGGGGCGGUGCAGGCAGUGCCAUCAGCUGCCCUGAUCCGGCCUGCAAGAACACCGGAACCCUGCUGGACUCUGAGCUCGCCUUGUUUGCUCCCAGCGAUCAGGUUGAGCUCUAUCAGCGGCUCCGGUUUGAAAGAGGAGUUCAGUUAGACCCCAGUAAAGCAUGGUGUCCCGUGCUGGACUGUCAGGCCGUGUGCAGUCUGACGCCUGGAACUGAAGGCAAACCACUUCCUGUGCCCUGCCCCGCGUGCCGUACCAUCUUCUGCUGCGACUGCAGAAGCCCUUGGAUAGAUGGUCACUCCUGCUCCCAGCACCAGCCUCUGAUGGCACCAUCAGCAGACAGUGCACUGAGCAGCGCUGAAACUGAUGCAGCCAUUAAACAGUGUCCAAUGUGUGGCGUCUAUAUAGAGCGCAAUCAGGGCUGCGCACAGAUGCUCUGCAAGAGCUGCAAACACACGUUCUGCUGGUACUGCCUUCAGAAUCUGGAUGGCGAUAUAUUUCUGAGACAUUAUGAUAAAGGACCAUGCCGAAACAAGCUGGGGCACUCCAGAGCUUCCGUCAUGUGGAACAGGACACAGGUGGUCGGUAUACUGGUGGGCGUCAGCAUCAUCGUGCUAGUGACAUCACCGCUGCUGCUGCUGGCCUCUCCCUGCAUCCUGUGCUGCGUGUGCAAACCCUGCCAGGCCAAGAAGAUCAAGAAAAAGAAGAAAGACAAGAAGCCAUCAGAUUCCACUGCAUAGGAGAGCUCCUAAUAAUCAACAUGUGUAGCAUCCUCCACGUGCCAAUCCUCAAGUCCCGCGAUCCAGGUGCACAAGUGCCUCAUUCUCAGUGCCUGGUAAAUUCGGUGGAUUUAUUUUGCCUUCAGGUGCAUUAUAGGAAAAGAAUCUUGUUGUUUAUUGAAUAAACAACAUCUGUAAAGGAACUCUUUUUAUUUCCCC